AUUGAAUCGUACGAAAAAGGCUAAACACUUUUGAAACCAUACGUGUUGAGUGUAUUUAAUUAUAAUAUUAUAAUAUCUGAAGUUUCGUUUAAUAAGUCGCAUAGUAUUUCCACUUGUUAUGUAAAAUUUGUUCCGAAAAAUGUCCGGGUUAGGUGUCGAUAAAAUUUAUUUACGAAUGAAAAAACUAGUAAAACGUGUUUUUAUUGGAUUAACAACAUCUUUUCUCUGGUGUAGUAUUAUUUGCCUAUGUAAUUAUUUAUGUGGCGUUAAUUGUAAUUUUCUAAUGUUUUACAAUAAAUUUAAAUUUAAUAUUAUAAUAUUUGUUUUCCAAAACAGAGCGUGAUUUUUAAACGGUUGUGUUAUUAUUCUAGUAUCUGAUUGACGAUUUUUAUCGAAUUUUGAUUGUACGAUAAUACGAUUAUAUUUAAGAAGUAUUCUGAGCGAAAGGACGGAGUUUUUCUAUACAUAGAUAGGCCCUAAUAAAUCCAACCCGGUAAAAGAAAUGCGCUUAUCCGUGACUGUACUUAAAUUAUAUUAUAAUUGAUGAGAUACGUUUUGAUUGUUAAAUAUCGUACAUUUUAAAUCAAAUCAUAAUCAUUUUAAUAAUUAUUGAUGCGCAGGCGUGAUUACUUGCAAAAAGCACGAGGUUAGAUUAUUCAACGCGUAUUGUAACUUGUUCAGUUAAAAUUAUUAUUUGUAUAAUAAAUAUUUAAGUUUUAAACGGAAUCUAUUGGAGAGCACUGUUUUGAAUAGCACGCAGUUUUUAGUUUUGCCCGCGGAAUCGAAGAUUAAAUAGUUUAUAACGAUUUACGGCAUAUGCACGUGACGCGUGGUCUUGUCGAUGGCACUCGGACGGUACGGGCACAAAACGUUUAAAUUAUUGUUUGGUGAACCACAAACGGGAAUUUUCGCAAGAAUUUCUCAUAAUUUUUUUUUAAUAAUAUGCGUGCCGAUGAUGAUAAUAACUGUUCUGUCAAAACGAACCCGAGUGUAUGACGUGGGCAAUGCGACGUGUGGAUAAUAACAGGUAUUUCUGACAAAUAAGCGUUUAAUUUCACCACGCUCUAGGCACCUAUUAAUUAAUGCUGUCUAAUUACCUACGGCGAUAGUAAAUGUACGCGUAAUCAUAUUGCACACAUUAUUUCGGUAUGUGAUCUAUUGAACCGUUCGUAUUUAUCAAUAACAUAAUUAUGCAGUUCGCGGAGAUUAUACUUCCUAUCAUACUGAAACAGUAUUGUACGAACGUUAUAAAUGAAAUCGCAUAUCGCGUUCGACGGACCAGCUGCCUACCGGCCCAAUCUAAUAAAUAAUAACUAUACCAAAAUACGCGUAACAUAAAAUAUUGUGUACACUUCAGUGUUAAUAGGUUCGUGUUAUUGUAAAUUACAUAUUACAUUUGGAUCGUUAAUACACGAACACCCGCAAACAUCAUGAGCGAACGAGUAGACCUGAACGUACCCCGUUGGGACCAGUCCCAGUAUUGGGGCCGAGUUAUGUACUUUCUCACCACUACUAAUCCUAUAAACUUGUUCAAGUCCAAUUCCGAAUUGGAGAGAUGCAAUCGAAUCGUCAACAGUUAUAAGUGAGUGUUACAUAAAAGGUGAGGUAUAUGAUAUACUAACUCUAAUCUCUACACGACUGUAAAAGGACUGUAGGCGGUUUUAAAAGGAAUAAACGUCGGUUGAAAUUAGUUGUUUUUUUUUUUUUUUAUGCAGGAAAGGCGAAGAGAUACCCGAUGGAUUGACAUUAGACGACGUAUACAAAGCCAAAGACGUGGUCGAUUCAGCGUAUCAUCCGGAAACGGGAGAAAAAAUGAUCAUUGUCGGUAGAAUGUCUGCCCAAGUGCCCAUGAAUAUGCUGGUUACCGGCUGCAUGAUCACGUUUUACAAGUGAGUGCGUAUUGUAAUACCUAAUAAUAUUGAUCUCGUAUACGUACAAUUAUGAUAAUGUACAAGUUGGUCGGUAUGGAUUUUGAGCGUAGCGAGGGAUCUAUUGGUUUUACUGUGUUCUUUGUCUGUGUGUGUAAACAAAUUUUUUUAUCAGAAAUCUUGUUCCAAUCAAACUCGACAAUCAUUAUUGUAUGAGGUUGUUGGGUUAGGGUAUAGCCGUAUAGGGAAUCAUAACUUAAACACUAAUGAUAAUGAAAAUUAUUAUUUUUAAACAGAACCACACCGGCAGUUAUUUUCUGGCAAUGGUUCAAUCAAUCGUUCAACGCCUUGGUAAACUACACCAAUCGAAGCGGUACAUCACCCAUGCCCCUCGAGUAUUAAAAUUUAUUUCACUAAUUAUAUAACUUUAGUUUUAUAUGUUAAUAAACGUACCCAUACACCAUUCUGAAUUAUUGUCAAUUAUUUUGCAUUUAAAGGCAAGUGGCCAAGUCGUACGUAUUAGCCACCAGUGGUGCAUUAAUUACAGCAUUGGGUUUGAACAAACUGGUUAAAGUAAGUAAUAACUAAGUAUACCAAUAGUUACAAUAAUAUUUAAUUUUUUUAUUAUUUAAACAUUUUUUUAUCGAUUUUUAUUAGUUACACAGUUUUUUUAAUUUUAUUUUGAAAAACUCAUUGGAAUAGAAUAACAUAUUUACAGAAAGAAAUAUGAAUGAAAAAUAAUAUUAUGUGUAAAAAAAAAAAAAUACAGUUUUAUGAAAUAAUUUAUGCUACAUAGAAAAAUGUAAAGUAUGUCUUAUAAAAUAUUAUUAAGUAUUUAUGAUGGUAAUAUUAAAAGCGGUUUUACUCACAUCCUAUUCACAGACCUAACUAACAUAUUGUUGAUAGAUGUACUACAAACUUAAAUUAUAUAUUUUGUUAUAAGUUAUAACCAUGUAUUUUAUUCAUUUUACAUUUUUACAUUUUUUUUAGAGAUUGCCUACUGUUGUUGGUCGUUUUGUACCGUUUGCAGCUGUUGCUGCUGCCAAUUGUAUUAACAUACCACUAAUGCGAAUCAAGUAUAAACACGACCUAUCAUUAUUUACCUUUCAAUAAAUUAAAAACAUGUUUUGCUCUUCAAUUUAGGGAACUGGAUAAUGGAAUUGAGGUGUACGAUGAAAAUAAAAAUCUUCUUGGCCAAUCUCAGUCAGCAGCUCGUACUGGUAUUUCAGCUGUGGUAUUAAGUCGUAUUGUAAUGUCUGCUCCUGGGAUGAGUAAGGACUAUACAAUUUAUUAUUUCCUCAUACAAUUUAUUUAAAAAGUGUAAAUAAUCGUUUAUAUUUUUGUUUUAAAUUUAAGUUUUAACACCUGUUAUAAUGGAAGCGAUAGAACGAAGAGGAAUUUUAAAAAAUAUGAAAUGGGCCCCAGCACCAUUACAAAUUGCGUUGUGUGGAGUCUUUUUAACUUUUGCCACUCCAAUGUGUUGUGCAUUAUAUCCACAAAUAUCACCAGUAUCAAUUCAAAAACUUGAACCUGAAUUGCAGGUAAUGAAUGAAAUAAAAAUGUGUUUGUGAUUCCAAAACUAAAGUUUUUAGUAAAAUUGUCGAGUAUUUAAAUCAAACAUUUACACUCUGUUUAAAAAAUAUUUUGUUCCAGUAAUACUUUACAGUAUUAUUACAGUUUUAAUUUUUAUCAAAUUUCUAUUUAUGUUUAUUUAGUAGAACACAUUCCAAUUCAUAGUACUAUAGUAGUAGUACCUACCUAUAUAAACAAUUCGAGGCCAAAGAAAAGUAGCUAGGGAAUUGGUUAUUGAUUGAAUUUUUAAUGUGAAUAGUACACCUACCUUUAAAUUAACAAUUAAACGCAAAAUAGUUGAUAUUUUUUUUUUUUCAUUUAGGAGGUUUCUGAUAUAAGCGAUUUUUUAACUUUUAUUUAUUUAAAUUCAUUUAUGGAGAAAUAUUUUUAAAAUUUCAUUGAUUAUCAUAGGAAUUGGUAUAAUAGGAAUAAGUAUGGUGUCCAUUUUUAUAAAUAUAUAAUAUUAUAUUAAACAAAGAGAUAAUUUAUUUUAUAAAUAAAUCAAACAAAAACAAUAAUAUGUAUUGUAUGUAUAGAAUAUAGAUAUUAGACAUAGUAUCUAUAGUUAUAUAUUUUUAUAUGUAUUACAAAUAUUCACCUUUGGAAGAACCAGUAUCAUUACCUAUAAUUUCCUGUUUUACUAAACUAAUUUCAGUAAUUAAGUAUAAACUGAUGAAAUAUUGACCUAUGGUAAAUAUUUGUAAUAUACCUAUAAAUCAUUACUAUAUGAACUACAAUUGUAUUAAUUUGUAUUAUUCGUUCACUUCAUAUUUACAAUCAAAUUUUACUUUUAUGUUUGUUAUAUAAAACAGAAAAAAGCAGAAAAGUUUAACUCAAAAAUUGGAUAUUACAACAAAGGCCUGUAGUAUCAUCAUUCAACCGGUAGAUAAUUAUUGAAUUUGAAAUUACCUAAUUAAAACACCUUAUUGUAUGCAUAAUAUGUCAGCCGCCAGGACAGUAACUUGAUAUUGGAAGAAAUUUGAAAAGUAUCUAAGGAUUUAAGUAAUAUACUAUAAUACCAACAUUUUAUUAUUUUACACAAAUUGUUAUACAGUACUAUUAUUGUUUGCCUAAAGCUAUUGAUUGGUACUAAUUUAAAGUAUCUUUAUUUUUUUUACAUACUUAUUCAUUCUAAUCAUUAAUUACCAGACAAAUACUAUUUAGAAGGUAAAAAAAAUCUUACACCUUGCACCAGUAGUCUAAUUUUUUUUAUUAGUUUAUUACCCUGUCAAACAUAUAAAAACUUGUUUAUAUAAUAGUAAUGAAUUAUAUUUGUAUAAUUUUGGUUUUUUUUU